AUGCCACCGAUUCAGAAGCCUCUCCUCCCCAGUGGCCGUGCCGUCCUCAAGCAUGGCCGUUCUAUGCUAUGUAGUGGUAACCUCAGCUAUGAUGUUAACUCCACCAUCAAGGCUCCCGAGUGCAAGAGGGGUAUGGGCUUUACUCAGUUCAAGAGGUUCACUCCUGUCCCUAUCGAAAGCGGCGUUAGUGUUGGCAACCGAGGUAAGGCCUUCGUAAUGGCCCUGUUCACUUGUCGUUGCAGGUUGGCUACUAGGCUUGGGAAAACUAGGUUGCGUGAGCUCCCUACUACUAUGAUGUGA